CGAGACCAUGUCAGAUGGAUUCACAGUAGAGAGAGAAACUGGAGAGAGAAACUGGAGGACUAGACAGAGAGAGAGAGAGAGCGAGAGCGGGGGGAGAGAGAGAGGUUAGGGGAAUAUGGUGACUCGAGAGAGAUGGUUAUGGCUCUGAUUUUUUAAGACUAUUUUUUUAUUCUUUGUUAAAGUCCCCGGAACCUUUUCUCUCCGGUGAGGAGAAUUCAGAAUUUUCUUCUGGUAUGUUCUUGUAAUCGGUGAAACGUUUCGUUUUUAACAGGGAGUUUUGUGAUUUUGCGUCGAAACGUUUCGGGUUCAUUUGUUUUGUAGUCGGCGAUGUGCGGGGGAACUCUGUCUGACCGUUUGAUCCUCUGAGAUCACGGGAAUUCCUCCGAUUUUGCGCGCAAGGCUGCGGCUCGUUUAAGAAAAACUCAUUUGUUGCUUUUAAAUUUUAUUACCGAUUUGUGCGAUUUCUGUGGUGAAGAUUAUAGAAAGUUUUGGGCUUUUAACGGAUAUAUUUUUACAAAAACGAUAAAAGCGGUUUCGGCUUCUGGGUUCAUUUGGGGGUAUUUUUGACUGCUGUUCCAUUUUAUACACACUAAUAUUAAAAAUUUUGCUCUUGAACUAGCUGUUUUGAAGGUCUUCAUUUUCUAUUUUAAUGGGUUUAUAGUCUUGGUGAUUUUGCUUGGACUAGAGAGAGUGGACUGAUAUUUCUUUAUUCUUGCAUACUAAUUGGAUAGUUUUCUGAGAAUUUUUUGAACAAAUCUUGGAAAAAAGGGACCCCUUUCCUGCUUUAGCUCUUUUGGCAGGAUUUGGGUUUUCCUAGUUGCUAUAAUUUUGAGAGAUUAAUGGGUUUGAUGGGUGAAUUUAUAAAUUCUUGAUAUUUGGUAAUCAACCUUUUUUAAGUUCGGCGGUUGCUGUAAAAGGCAGGAGCUUCAGAUCAAAAUCCAAUUUCACUUUGAGAAGUAGGAGAAGGGGCAAAAAUGGCAGUUUCUUUGACUCGAUUUUCAUGGUGGUUAUGGAGUGGGAAGGAAAAUGAGCCUGUCUCAAAUGGUUCUUCUUUGAAUUCAUCUACUGAUUGGGGUUCUGGACUCAGAGAGCUUGAAUCAGUUAAAUUCCCUGCUAAGAAUUUAGCUUCACCAAGAAAAGUUAAGAGGAAGUGGCACAGUAGGGAAGACAGGAAACUUGAUAAACAAUAUGGUGAUGGGGUUUUGGUGCCAUCUGAUGGUGGGGUUUGCUUGUCAGGGUCAGAAUCAGAUGGCCCAGAUUGGUCUAUCGGGUGGGUUGAGCCUCACGGACCUGAUUUUAGAAGUGAUGAUGAGACUGAUGAUGGUUUUGCCGUGCUGGUUCCUUGUUACAGACCUGGCUGCAAGGAAUUAGUGGAAGGUUCAACUAACCAGUUUCUAAGUGCCAUCAAGAAUUUACCAAAUGAGUUCUCUUCUGAGGGGAAGAACUACAUGGAGUGGCUUUCCUCUUUCAGAAUUUCUGAAGUCUAGUGCUGGCUGGCGACUAGGGGAAUAGGAUUCAUUGCAUCCAGUGAAACCUUUCAAUGACCCCCCAGCCUGUUGCAAUGCAUCAAAUCUAAUUCAGGAAUGAUAGGAAAAAUAAAGUCUAAGCAGCAAACUGUAAGUCUAUAAUAUACGCAUUGCCUUCAUGUGUUGAAUUGCGAAGGAUUAAUUAUCCAUUAAAUCAAAGUUGAGGGUAAUGUUGUUUAGUUUAAAAAACAAUACUGAACUUGUUUAAUUUAGAGACAGAGUUAGAUGUUUAUCAGCUUCUGUCACUGUUUGGUAGUGAUACUUCUAUGACUAGUCAUAUGCUGAUCAACUGUUUGACAGGGAAAUAUGUUAUUUUUCUCCUUUUGUGUAAAUACAACCGUUGAUGUGAAUAUGUAUGUUUUGAUCUUAUCUGUAAGUAAUCAUAUUUCCCUUCAAUCAAUGUUCAAUCUCAUAAAUUUCGUUA